AUGUCCCACAUUGGAAGUGUCGUAGCCAACAAUGUCCAUGCUUCUCAAGGGGCAGCUUCGCUGACCUUGUCUAAUGAACAAUACCAGCAGCUCCUGGCGUUCAUGUCCAGCAAAGCUUCCGCAGCUGAAGCCGGCAAGGUCCAUGCAUCCGAAACUCAGAUUAAUGCAGCAGCAGGUGUGCCUUCAUACCAUUCGCAAGAAGGGAUUAUUGAUAGUGGGACGACAUACCACAUCACUGCUCUUCCAUUGUCUAAAUCAGUUUGCAAUAAAUCUUAG